AGAGAGAGAGAGAGAGAGAGAGAGAGAGAAGAUAAAAACUCCCACGAGAUGAUUACGACAGAGAACGAGUUCGAGUAAAAAGUACAAAAACAUUGAAAAUGAUAGCGAGGAUUUGAAAUAAUAAGAAUUUGAAGAUCAAAGUGACGAUAAAUCGAUAAACAACGAUAUUCGAGAGAAGAUCUCAGAGACAUAGGUUGUAAGAGCCUGUGGAAUGUUAUAUAGUUGGCUUGGUCCAUCCGAUCCAGAAUAAAGAAUCUUAAAGGAAAGUAAGCAGAGAGACAACAAUGGAUGCACCGCAGCGAAUCUUCGGAUCGGCGCUCUUUGUGUUACUCGUACGGCUUCCUUACUAGUGCAAAUGCGUUGAAAGAGUCCGAACGUGUACUCGCGUAGAAUUAUUCAUCUGUCACACAAAGAGAGAGUGAGAAAGAUAGAGAGAGAAAGAAAGAGAGAGAGAGAGAGAGAAAGAGAGAGAGAAAGAAAAAAAGAAUAAUCUACGUUCGAUGAGCACAUAAAACGUUCCGUUUGUCGUUUCAAAGAUACGCUGUACGUCGCGUGAAGUUUAGGUUUUGAAUCCUUAAGUCUAUGGAAGAAAGAAACGUCUCGUUCGAAAGAAAACGAUCACGGUUAUUUCGUGGAAAUUAUUGAAAUAACUUUUCUUUCAAGUUUCUUAUUUUUUUUUUUUUUUUCUAAAUUGCAUGUGUCGGGCGUCGCGUCUUUUAAUUUGCUUAUAUUCAUUCGCCGAUCGAUCGAUCUUUUUUUGAUUGAAACGUAAAACAAUUGUUAUCGAUAAGAAGUUUGUGAGUCGGUAAAGAUGAGUAUAUAUGAUGAUCAGUGACGGUAAAUGACGGAUAAAAUGACGAGUACUUUAGCUAUGUUCUAGUGUUUAUUGAAUUCAUUUUUGCCCAAUCUAAUAUUUUUGAUAAUAGCAACGUUUCACGUACUUUCAAAAACGCGUGCCAUAUAUAAACUCUUACAUGGAUAUAUAACAUUCCUUUGAAAGAUACACAACAGUCCAAACUCCAUUAUGGAUGCACUACGUUUAGCUGUGCAGACAAGGCUAGGGGAGAGGAUGGUCAGCAUGAGCUCUAUGCUUGUGGAAACAGUCAGUAUAAAUUAUGAAGAUUUUAAUGAAAGUUUCUUAACAUGUGGGACAUGUUUAUGUGUUUAUGAUGGCGGGGAACAUACUCCAAAACUAUUACCAUGUUCUCAUACGGUAUGUUUACAUUGUUUAACAAGAAUUGCUGCAUCACAAACAAGAGAAACUGGAGCAUUUCGAUGUCCGAUAUGUAGAGAAUUAAUAACUAUCCCUCGUGGAGGAGUUCCUGCAUUACCUCCCAGUUUUCUUGUCAAUCAACUUCUCGAUCUUAUGUCCAGACAGAGACGGGAGGUUAUUCCAAAGUGUUCAGUACAUAUAAAUCAAGAAUUGCUAUUUUGUGAAACUUGUGAUACAGUUUUUUGUACAAUAUGUACAAGUGGUACACAUGCAGGUACAUCACCAGGCUGUACAGAACAUACAAUUAUCCCUUUUAGCAUUGCAAUAAAACGAAUGUCUGAAAUACUACUUUAUAAAGCAAAUGAAUGUAUAUCUAAGUUGACACAGGCUCAAGAUUCUGUGAGCACAGAACUUCAACGUUUAGACGCUGCUAUGGAAAGAUGUUUACAUGCUGUUGAUGCUGAAUUUGCGGAUAUUAUUUCUAAAGUAGAAAAACGUCGUGUGGAAUUACAAGCUGCCGUUAGUGCUGCUGUUAGAGAUAAAAAACGAGUACUUGAAGAACAACAUGCUGCGAUAGAAGCAGAAAAAAAUAAAGUUGAAAGAGAAUGUGAAGGAUUGCAAUAUCAAAUCGAAGUUCAAAAUAUAACACAACGAAUUGGAACCUUAUCCGAUCAACUUGAUGCAGCUACAGCGCUUAGUGAGCCAAGGGAAAAUGCUUUUAUCACGUUUGAAUUUAACCAUAAUAAUGCAUCUACUGAACUAGAAAAGGCACUUAAUAAUUUAGGAAGGAUACGCUCCAGUACAACAUUACCUGGUUUAUGUAGAGCUAGACUUAAAGAUCCAGCAAUAGUUAAACUGCAAGGGGUUGUUGUAGUUGAAACAGUUGAUUACCAUGGUCAUCCGCGUAAUGUUGGAGGAGAUCCUAUUGGAGCAGAAUUAAUGCUAGCAGAUAAUAUUCAAUUAGAAAAUCAAAGUCAAUCAAUUGAAACUGAAGUUAAAGAUUUGGAUAAUGGUACUUACGAAGUACUAUUUAGGCCACCAUAUGCUAGUCGUUAUAUUUUAAAAUUAUCUGUAUUCGAAAGACCUAUUAAAGAUUAUCCGUUGUUCUUCGAUGCCACGGAACAUAAUGAGCCAAUUAGAGUUUAUGGAAAAAGAGGAAAUGGUGAAGAUGAAUUUCAUCAACCAGUUGGAGUUGCAAUUGAUGAUAAUAGAUAUGUUUAUAUUUUAGAUACUGGCAAUUCACGAAUCAAGGUACUGAAUAGUGAUUUAGAAUUUCAAAGACACAUAAACAAUGAAGGCUUGGAAGGACGUAGUUGUACAGGAAUCGCCAUAUCUCAACAAGGUCUUGUUGUUGUUAAUUGGAGAACACGAAGAAUCACAGAAAUGAGUACACUAGGUGAUACAAUUCGAUCUUUCUCUCAUAAUACUUUUCAAGAACCAAUUGAUAUAGCAGUAGACAGAAGUUAUGGACAUAUACUUGUCGCUGACAAUGGACAAAGUUGUGUUUUUGUAUUUGAUUCUGAUGGUAAAAUACUGUUUCAGGUUGGUAAAAGAGGCACCUUUAGAUUAAUUAGUUCUGUUACUGUUGGUCCUGCUGGAGAAAUUUUAGUUGCUGAUAGUCGAAUUCAAGUAUUUUCUGCCAAGGGUGAUUUCUCUGAAGAAAUAUAUGUUGAAGGAAAAAAUAAAGGCAUAUAUGGUGGUAUAACAGUUGAUGCAGAAGGCAGAAUACUUGCUACUCGUACAGAUAAAGGUCGGAGCAUCAUUCAAGUGUUAAAGCUGGGAGGAGGUAAUAUUUUAACUGAAAUUGAUUCUCAUAGUUCAAAAUUACGACGUCCAUCAGGCAUUGCGGUCUUAGCAGACAAUCAUUUAGUCGUGGUUGAUUUGGGUAACGAUUGCAUAAAAAAAUAUAGAUACUGGUAAAACUUGUUCUUAAUUGACAAAUUUCACUUCGCGACUGAAUAAAAUGUAAUUAUAAAUAUGCCAAAUAUUUUAUAGUUUUAUUAGUUUCUAGUUUAAUAGCUUUUAAAAUUCUAAUGUUAAUCAUAUAACAGUUUUGAUACGGAUUUUAUAAUUUAGUCUGCUUUGUAAAUAAUUGUAUAAGGCGAGUCUAAUAGUUGAAUCUAAAUACGUUUAAUUUGUCACUUAAUUCAGAUUUUACUGACUCGCUUUUAUAAAUUUUCUACUAAUAUUAUAUAAAAUGUGACAUAUUAAUUCUGAGUGCUCUGUACUUAUACUAUACAAGCAAUGAAGCUUAUUUAUACUUUUAAAAUCCUAUAUUUCUUUUUUUAUAUAUAUCUCAUUUAUAGAAAUAAUAAUGAUAUAUACAUUCAGGCAUAAUAAUUAUAUAUUUUUUAUAGUAUAGUUGAACAAAGCACAGGACAUGUAAACAGAAUGAUUUAUAUUUAGAAAAUUCACGACUUGGUAAUUAGUAUUACAAUGACUAUUGCUACACAUACCAAUUUAAUGUGCUUCAACUAUGUUGAGAUAGUAAUAUGAUACUGCCCUACUACAUUACUUUAAACUCAGAGCAAAGCAUACUCAAGAAUCUCAUAUGUUUUUUAAUUAAUCGAUAUUUGCAUAUAGAUCGUUAUGUAUUAUAUAUUAUUUUUAGCUGUCAUUUCUUUUUUCUUCUUUGUCUUUUUCUUUUCUUUUUUUAAGUAUUUCGCUUGAUUUUUAAAUUACCAUAAAAAGUAUAAAUAACUUUUUAAAUAGAAUUUCUUACUUUUUUUAUGUGUCAUACAGAAAUAUCAGUAAGUCAUAAUAACAGCACUUCUGUACAUAUUAAUACAUCUAUGUAUGUAACCUACACACCAAAGCUUGAAUUCUUCUGUUAAUAGAAAGUAAUCAAGGCCUUGAGAAACAAACAAACUUAUUUCUUAGUAACAUUUUUAUUAGAAAAAAUAGUUUCUUUUCGCAAAACCUGUACACAAAAAAAAUUAUAUUUGCAUUUUCAUUAUUCAUUUAUUGAUAUUAAAUCUGUGAUGUGAAUUAUAUUGUUGAUUAUAUGCAUAGAUUAACUUAAUAUUUUUUUAAUGAA